UUGCACUGCAGUUGAUAAGCUCCAUCCAUCGACACAGUCUACUGUAGCUAGGUGCCCUCCCGGCCCUUUCUGCUCUCAGGUACCGCAGGCCGCAGCCAUGUCUUCUCCCAAGUAUAAUAAGAAGCUCGUCCUGCUGUUAGGAGCAGUUCGUCGACUUCUUCCCGACUGUCCUGAUUGAUGCCACUACUACAACAGCCAGGCAGCCUUGCUUUGUUGCCCUUUACAUUCUUUUGCACUGUUGCAGUCCAAAGCCCAUGACUGCUACUAUUGGCUUCAUUUAUGCAAAAACAGACCUCGUGUCCACGGACUGGUUCUUCAUUGCACCAGGAGCCCUCCUGAACCUCAUCUCAUACACAUCUGCAUUGAGGUUUCACCUUCAAUCCGAAAACAGCACAAAAAUGUUCGUCAGCAGGAAAGCCCGCCCAUCCGACAGCUUCGCCUCUCGCUAUGGCACGAGCAAAUCGAUCAAGCCGAGAUCCUCUCACCGGGAGCACUCCAUCACAAGAGGCCUACAAGGAACCGAAUCUGUCAAGCAUAGCAGAAAGGAGUCCAACACAACUACUACUACUACCACUCACACAAGCCCACCUGUGGGCAGCACACUCACUUCCGCAAUCAUCACCAUCUGCGUGGGUCCCGAGCAAAGACUUUUCGCAGGCCACGAAGAAGUGCUCUGCCGCUCACCCUUCUUCGAAGCCGCGCUGAGAGGCCAGUUCUUCGACAGCAACGCCAGAAGAAUCAAUCUCCCCCACGAACAGCCCGAGAUUCUUUCCGCUGUUCUGGAAUAUCUCUACAAGGGGGACUAUUAUCCAAGAUUGAUCCACAACAAGAAAAGAGACACCUGGGAGCUGGAAGACGCAGGCAAUGGCAAUCACACUACGAUCUUCUGCCAGGCUGUCAAACAGACAUUGAUGAAAGAUACUGUCAUCUACUGCUCCGCCGAACGCUAUGGACUGGACGAGCUCAAACGUCUUGCCCUGCGUAAACAAGGACUCCGACAGGGCAUGCAGAUCUCCACCAUCCUCGCCUCGGCACGCUACGCCUACAAGAACACUCCGGACUCGGACUCGAAGCUUCGAGCUCAAUACCUCACUUUGAUCAUCCGGAGCCGCAACAAUUUCAAGAAGAGCGGCACUAUGAAGGUAGAAAUGGAGCAGGGCGGGACAGCCUUGUUCUUUGAUCUUUUCGUCGCCAUGUGCAACCACAUGGAUGAUUUGAAGACUGUCCGGUCUCCCUUCUCGUCACCAUUUACUCGCUAAAAUCGAUCUGUAUCAACACCAACAACAUGCUUUAGAUUGCUGCUGCCAUCAGUCCCACUCUUACCACUUGUGCACUACGAAGACUGUCUGAGCUGUCACCUUUUCCCAGGGUGCCAGUGUGCAAUGUUGGAGUUUCGGUUAUGUCUUUUCCGUUCCGUUUCUGUCUGUACAAUAGCUACAAUACCCACCUAUCAAAAAAAGCUCGUGGUACUAAGGUGGUACACUAUGUCAUGUCUCUUAUCAUUCAUUGUGAAGAAAGGGAAAAAGAAAGGAAGACGAGAAGAAGACGAGAAGUCGACUCAGAUUGCACAACGGCGGAUAUUAUGCCUGUUCAAUUCUCGCUGGCUCAAAAUGCGGGCCAUGCUGCCAUCAAGAACUCAGUUCAGUUCUAUUCUAGGGAAGUAACAAAUUAAGCAUUCAUCCAUGCA